AUGUCCUCAAGGCAAGAUUUUUCUCACGGUUAUUCUGUUUAUGUGCAUUACACUUUCCCUAAGAUAUCUAUUUUUUCUUUUUACUUCUUAUUCAGAGAUAAUCUCGCGUCUUAUGCGGCAGAUUAUCCAGUGCAAUUCAUCUUGGGUUACUGCUCAACAUACAUAUUCAUGCAGACAUUUAUGAUUCCGGGAACAAUUUUCAUGUCAUUACUGGCUGGCGCUUUAUUCGGAGUAGUUAGAGGCAUUUUCCUAGUUGUCUUCAAUGCCACUGCUGGAGCAUCUUCCUGCUUUUUCUUGUCUAAGUUGAUUGGCAGGCCCUUAGUUAGUUGGUUGUGGCCUGACAAAUUAAGAUUUUUCCAGGCAGAGAUUGUGAAGCGUCGAGAUAAGCUUCUGAAUUACAUGCUUUUCUUGAGGAUUACACCCACGCUACCGAACCUUUUCAUCAAUUUGGCUUCUCCAAUUGUUGACAUACCAUUUCAUGUCUUCUUUCUAGCCACUUUGAUCGGUCUCAUUCCAGCAUCUUAUAUCACUGUUAGAGUAAGUCUGACCUUCUCCAUAGAUGUUCUCAGUUGUCCUACAGUGCAAUUUCUUUCCUUUAUGUUUUCUCUUUUUUUUUCCCAAGCAUUCUUUUGCGUGAUAUUCCUUUCUGUUCUGUUAAAUUGUUGUUAUUUUCCCGCUUUCCAUCUUAUUCCUCAUUUCAAAUGCAUUUCUUUGUUUUUGCAUAUUUUAUUGUUUAAAGACUUAAAUUCCAGGCCCUAGGUGUUUUUUGAUAAAUGGUUGUCCUCUUUAUUCUUGUGAGGAUAUUGAGUGACCUUAUAGAUAUUUUCCUUCACAUGUAAAUUUUGUAUACAGUUUGUAUCUCCUUGGUGUUUGUGGAUAGAUGUUAUUUUUUCUUUUAAAAAAAAUGUUUGGAGACUUGAAAUUGCUCAAAUAUCCUUCAAAUGGCCUACAAGAAAGAUUUUUUGACCUCUCUCAUACUGUUCAUUUCUUGUAAGCUUCUGAUCUACUAUACCCUUGCCCAAAGUUGUUGGUAAUACCGGACUCGUUUUUGGAAUGGGUACGACUAUCUUGUCAAUAUAUAUCACUAAUUUUAGAAUUGUAGCAUGUAAUUCCACAUAUCACUAUGUGGAGCAAUGCAUCUUGUAAAAAUUUUCUAUUUAUAUUGACCUUCCAAAAUUCAGUACCUGAUACUUAAGUAUAGACAUGAUUGGCAUGGCUGUCUGAAUGGAUUCUUUUAAAUGAAGUUACUGAUCACUUCUUUGCAAAUUCACUCAAAGAACCAAGACAAUCAGAAAAGGUCAUUUGGCUUACAAGUCAUCUGCAACUAAUCCUUUGUUCUAAAAGAGGAGAGGGUAGUUACCUGGCCAUGUAGACCCUAGACAUGAGUAUUAUGGUCAUUGCUUCAUGAGAUGCUGACCUAUGCUUUUUGAGGUGGGAAAUAGACAAUAUCAGAGUUUUUCUUGACUAGAGGAUACAAACACGAAGAUAGAACUCUGCAAUUUUUUUUUGUGGGAAAGGUGGUGCUGAUAUACAAAACUUGAGUAGCGUUUGCUUGUGGCUUUGCCUCUUUGCUGUUUUGUUGAUGCACAGUGGAAUAUUUUGAGAAUCAAGAGUAAAUUUGAAUUGGAAAUUAGGUUUGAAGGAACUUAUUGACUCUCAUAAUUCUGAAAUAUUUGCUAUAACUCGAGAAUCCUCACUUUACGUUUGUAUCAUCAAUAUCUUUCUCGUUAAGGUGUAAUAUUCUCUUUUAAUUCUGUAAUAAUUCUGUAACAAUAUUCAUUUCAUUCCAUGACUAAG